AUGGCCAAACCUUAUGAAUUUAACUGGCAGAAGGAAGUUCCUUCCUUUUUGCAAGAAGGAGCCGUUUUUGACAGAUAUGAAGAGGAAUCCUUUGUGUUUGAACCCAACUGCCUCUUCAAAGUGGAUGAAUUUGGCUUCUUUCUGACCUGGAGGAGUGAAGGCAAGGAAGGACAAGUGCUAGAAUGUUCCCUCAUCAACAGUAUUCGAUUGGGAGCCACGCCCAAGGAUCCCAAAAUCCUGGCCGCUCUCGAAGCUGUUGGAAAGUCAGAGAAUGAUCUGGAAGGGCGGAUAGUUUGUGUUUGCAGUGGCACAGAUCUGGUGAACAUCAGUUUCACAUACAUGGUGGCUGAAAAUCCAGAAGUAACUAAGCAAUGGGUAGAAGGACUGAGAUCGAUCAUACACAACUUCAGGGCCAACAAUGUCAGUCCAAUGACCUGCCUCAAGAAACACUGGAUGAAAUUGGCGUUUAUGACCAACACGAAUGGUAAAAUUCCAGUUAGGAGUAUUACUAGAACCUUUGCAUCGGGGAAAACAGAAAAAGUGAUCUUUCAAGCACUCAAGGAAUUAGGUCUUCCCAGUGGAAAGAACGACGAAAUUGAGCCUGCGGCAUUUACUUAUGAAAAGUUCUAUGAACUGACACAAAAAAUUUGUCCUCGGACAGAUAUAGAGGAUCUUUUUAAAAAAAUCAAUGGAGACAAAACUGAUUAUUUAACGGUAGACCAAUUAGUGAGCUUUCUAAAUGAACAUCAGCGAGACCCUCGACUGAAUGAAAUUUUAUUCCCAUUUUACGAUGCUAAAAGGGCAAUGCAGAUCAUCGAGAUGUAUGAGCCCGAUGAAGAUUUGAAGAAAAAAGGCCUCAUAUCAAGCGAUGGGUUUUGCAGAUACCUGAUGUCAGAUGAAAAUGCCCCAGUCUUCCUGGAUCGUUUAGAACUUUACCAAGAAAUGGACCAUCCUCUGGCCCACUACUUCAUCAGUUCUUCCCAUAACACCUAUCUCACGGGCCGACAGUUUGGUGGGAAAUCUUCAGUAGAAAUGUACAGACAGGUUCUCCUGGCUGGUUGCAGAUGCGUUGAACUUGACUGUUGGGAUGGAAAAGGUGAAGACCAAGAACCGAUAAUAACUCAUGGAAAAGCAAUGUGUACAGAUAUCCUUUUUAAGGAUGUUAUUCAAGCCAUCAAGGAAACCGCAUUUGUCACAUCCGAAUAUCCUGUAAUUCUCUCCUUUGAAAAUCACUGCAGCAAAUAUCAGCAGUACAAGAUGUCCAAAUAUUGCGAAGAUCUAUUUGGGGAUCUCCUGUUGAAACAAGCACUUGAAUCACAUCCACUUGAACCAGGCAGGCCCUUACCAUCCCCCAAUGACCUCAAAAGAAAAAUACUCAUCAAAAAUAAGCGGCUGAAACCUGAGGUUGAAAAAAAACAGCUCGAGGCUUUGAAAAGCAUGAUGGAAGCUGGAGAAUCUGCUGCCCCGGUUAGUAUCCUAGAGGAUGAUAAUGAAGAGGAAAUAGAAAGUGCUGACCAAGAGGAGGAAGCUCACCCCGAAUACAAAUUUGGAAACGAACUUUCUGCUGAUGACUUGGGCCACAAGGAGGCUGUUGCAAAUAGUGUCAAGAAGGGCCUGGUGACCGUGGAAGAUGAACAGGCAUGGAUGGCGUCUUAUAAAUAUGUAGGUGCUACCACUAACAUCCAUCCGUAUUUGUCUACAAUGAUCAACUAUGCACAACCCGUAAAGUUUCAAGGUUUCCAUGUGGCUGAAGAGCGCAAUAUUCAUUAUAACAUGUCUUCUUUUAAUGAGUCCGUCGGCCUGGGCUACUUGAAGACGCACGCCAUUGAAUUUGUGAAUUAUAACAAACGGCAAAUGAGCCGCAUUUACCCCAAGGGAGGCCGGGUCGAUUCCAGUAAUUACAUGCCUCAGAUUUUCUGGAAUGCUGGCUGCCAGAUGGUUUCACUGAACUAUCAAACCCCAGAUUUAGCGAUGCAAUUGAAUCAGGGAAAAUUUGAGUAUAAUGGAUCCUGCGGGUACCUCCUCAAACCAGAUUUCAUGAGACGGCCCGAUCGAACAUUCGAUCCCUUCUCUGAAACUCCUGUCGAUGGCGUUAUUGCGGCCACUUGCUCAGUCCAGGUCAUAUCAGGUCAGUUUUUAUCAGAUAAGAAAAUUGGUACAUACGUAGAAGUGGAUAUGUAUGGGUUGCCCACCGACACCAUACGUAAGGAAUUCCGAACUCGCAUGGUAAUGAACAACGGACUCAAUCCAGUUUACAAUGAAGAAUCAUUUGUGUUCCGGAAGGUAAUCCUCCCUGACCUGGCAGUCUUGAGAAUAGCAGUGUAUGACGACAACAACAGGCUCAUAGGCCAGAGGAUCCUUCCUCUGGAUGGCCUCCAAGCAGGUUAUCGACACAUUUCCCUUCGAAACGAGGGAAAUAAACCAUUAUCACUGCCAACCAUUUUCUGCAAUAUUGUUCUUAAAACAUAUGUGCCUGAUGGAUUUGGAGAUAUCGUAGAUGCUUUAUCAGAUCCAAAGAAAUUUCUUUCCAUUACGGAAAAGAGAGCAGACCAAAUGAGAGCUAUGGGCAUUGAAACUAGUGACAUAGCAGACGUGCCCAGUGAUACUUCUAAGAACGACAAGAAAGGAAAAGCCAACACUGCCAAAGCAAACGUGACCCCACAGAGCAGCUCUGAGCUCAGACCAACCACCACGGCGGCCCUGGGGUCUGGUGUGGAAGCGAAGAAAGGUAUCGAACUUAUCCCUCAAGUGAGGAUAGAAGAUUUGAAGCAGAUGAAGGCUUACCUGAAGCACUUAAAGAAACAACAGAAGGAGCUAAAUUCUUUAAAGAAGAAGCACGCAAAGGAGCACAGCACAAUGCAGAAGUUGCACUGCACACAAGUUGACAAAAUCGUGGCACAGUACGACAAAGAGAAGUCGACGCAUGAGAAAAUCCUAGAGAAAGCGAUGAAGAAGAAAGGGGGAAGUAAUUGUCUCGAAAUGAAAAAAGAAACUGAAAUUAAAAUUCAGACACUGACAUCAGAUCACAAAUCUAAGGUCAAAGAGAUAGUGGCCCAGCACACGAAGGAGUGGUCAGAAAUGAUCAACACCCACAGUGCUGAGGAGCAAGAAAUCCGGGACCUACACCUCAGCCAGCAGUGUGAGCUCCUGAGAAAACUACUGAUCAAUGCCCAUGAGCAGCAAACCCAGCAGCUGAAAAUGUCCCAUGACAGGGAAAGCAAGGAAAUGCGAGCACACCAGGCUAAGAUUUCUAUGGAAAACAGCAAAGCCAUCAGCCAAGAUAAAUCUAUCAAGAACAAAGCAGAACGGGAAAGGCGAGUCAGGGAGUUAAAUAGCAGCAACACCAAAAAGUUUCUGGAAGAAAGAAAGAGACUUGCAAUGAAACAGUCCAAAGAAAUGGAUCAGUUGAAAAAAGUCCAGCUUGAACACCUCGAGUUCCUAGAGAAACAGAAUGAGCAGCUAUUGAAAUCCUGCCAUGCAGUGUCCCAAACACAAGGCGAAGGAGAUGCAGCAGAUGGUGAAGUUGGAAGCCGAGAUGGACCGCAGGCCAGCAACAGUAGUGUGAAACUCCAAAAUUCAAACUGA